ACAGCAUUAUGGCCCUAUGCUCCGUUAGCCAGGCUGUGACCACGCUGUGGCCAGGACUGCAUAUGUGGUAGCACUGUGGUCACUGAUCCCUUUGACUUCAUUGGUGUGUUUAGGGAGAACUGCUGGCAGGGCAGGCACAGAUGGGGACAGCCUUUGUUCAGAGUUGGACAUAAAUCCCUACCCGUGGUGACUUCAGCGUGCCUGCUUCUGCAGCCCAGCCCCUGUCAAGUGUCUUUGCAGUUGUGUGAUCUCGGGCAGUCAGGCUGCCUAGUCAUGCUGCACAAAAAAACCUAUAACACGUUCCAGGCGGGGCCAGCUGCAGUGAGAUCUUUUCUUCGGAGGGGGAAAUCCAGUAAUCCUGAAUGACUGAUAGCCUAAUCUCCACUAGCCCCUGCAGUCCCUGACUGCCACUUGCCCCCGCCCUUCCUCCGCCUUCUUUGCCUUGCGCCUGAGCCCUCUCUCUAGCCUGGAAACCUUACUCCCGCCCCUUUGCAUGGCCCCAGCUUCAGCUCUUUGUCACAGCUCCGCCCAGUUGGGCACACCCUCCAGGAAAGGUUCCUCGGCUCCUUCCCCACUCACUCUGGGUCUAAGCUGACCAAGAUGAACCAUCGAGGAGCCAGAGUCCUUCCAGCUGGGCACUGUUACCCAUCCCUGGGCAUGUGGGCCUCAGAGGCUGGCUGCCUGACGUUUUCUGUGCCACCCUUUAUCAGCAGGAAUCCAGCCAUGGUGAACGAGGCCAGAGGAAGUAGCAGCCCCAACCCCCAAUCCGAGGGCAGCAGCAGUGGCAGCGAGAGCUCCAAGGACAGUUCAAGAUGUUCUACCCCCAGCCUAGACCCGGAGCGGCACGAGAGACUCCGGGAGAAGAUGAGGCGCAGAAUGGACUCUGGUGACAAGUGGUUCUCUCUGGAGUUUUUCCCUCCUCGGACUGCUGAGGGAGCUGUUAACCUCAUCUCGAGGUUUGACCGAAUGGCGGCAGGGGGCCCCCUCUUCGUAGAUGUUACCUGGCACCCAGCUGGAGACCCUGGCUCAGACAAGGAGACCUCCUCCAUGAUGAUUGCCAGCACAGCGGUGAACUACUGUGGCUUGGAAACCAUCCUGCAUAUGACCUGCUGCCAGCAGCGCCAGGAGGACAUCACAGGCCAUCUGCACAGAGCCAAGCAGCUUGGCCUGAAGAACAUAAUGGCACUGAGGGGAGACCCUGUAGGUGACCACUGGGAGGCUGCAGAAGGAGGCUUCAAUUGUGCCACAGACCUGGUGAAGCACAUCCGGAGCGAGUUUGGCGACUACUUUGACAUCUGUGUGGCAGGUUACCCCAGAGGCCACCCCGAGGCAGAGAGCUUUGAGGAUGACCUGAGGCACUUGAAGGAGAAGGUAUCUGCAGGCGCCGACUUCAUCAUCACCCAGCUCUUCUUUGAGGCCAGCACCUUCUUCAGCUUCGUGAAGGCCUGCGAAGAGAUAGGCAUCUCCUGCCCUAUCCUGCCUGGGAUCUUUCCUAUUCAGGGUUACACUUCCCUUCGGCAGCUCGUAAAACUGUCCAAGCUGGAGGUACCACAGAAGAUCAAGGAUGUAAUUGAACCCAUCAAAGACAAUGAUGCUGCCAUCCGCAACUACGGCAUCGAGCUGGCUGUGAGCUUGUGCCGGGAGCUGCUAGACAGUGGCUUGGUGCCAGGCCUCCACUUCUAUACUCUCAACCGGGAGGUGGCCACCAUGGAGGUGCUAAAGCAACUGGGCAUGUGGACUGAGGACCCCAGGCGUCCCCUGCCCUGGGCUGUCAGUGCACAUCCCAAGCGCCGGGAGGAAGAUGUGCGUCCUAUCUUCUGGGCCUCCAGACCAAAAAGCUACAUCUACCGCACACAGGGCUGGGAUGAGUUUCCCAACGGCCGCUGGGGUAAUUCCUCCUCACCAGCCUUUGGGGAGCUGAAGGACUACUACCUCUUCUACCUGAAAAGCAAGUCUCCCCGGGAGGAGCUGCUGAAGAUGUGGGGUGAGGAGCUCACCAGCGAAGAGAGCGUCUUUGAAGUCUUUGAGCAUUACCUCUCAGGAGAGCCAAACCGGCAUGGCCACAGAGUGACAUGCCUGCCCUGGAAUGAUGACCCCCUGGCGGCAGAGACCAGCCUGAUGAAGGAAGAGCUGCUGCGCGUCAACAGGCUUGGCAUCCUCACCAUCAACUCGCAGCCCAACAUCAACGGGAAGCCGUCCUCGGACCCUGUUGUGGGCUGGGGCCCCAGUGGGGGCUAUGUCUUCCAGAAGGCCUACCUCGAAUUCUUCACCUCCCGGGAGACGGCGGAAGCCCUUCUGCAGGUGCUGAGGAAGUAUGAACUGAGGGUCAACUACCACAUCGUGGACGUGAAGGGAGAGAACAUCACGAAUGCCCCUGAGCUGCAGCCCAACGCUGUCACGUGGGGCAUAUUCCCUGGUCGAGAGAUCAUCCAGCCUACUGUGGUGGAUCCCGUCAGCUUCAUGUUCUGGAAGGAUGAGGCCUUUGCUCUGUGGAUCGAGCAGUGGGGUAAGCUCUAUGAGGAGGAAUCCCCGUCCCGCAUGAUCAUCCAGUACAUCCAUGACAACUACUUCCUGGUCAACCUGGUGGACAAUGAGUUCAUGCAAGACAGCUGCCUGUGGCAGGUGGUAGAAGACACAUUUGAGCUGCUCAACAGGCAUACCAUGAAGACAGAGACACAGGCCCCGUGAGCUUCCAUCCCGGCAUCUUCCUCUCUGGAGCCGCCAUCCCUCAUCUCUCCACACGUGAUAAUGGCAGCUAGACUGGCAGGAAGCAUCCAGGCUCUGUGUGGAUCUGAGAUGCCCCAUUUAGGAGGCUGAUGCUCUCUGCUCAAGCCCAAAGCCCAUGUUCUUGUGGUGGCAAGCACCUCCAUCCUCAAAGGGAGGAGACAAGAUUGCAGCCGAGCCAUUUCACCGGGGCAGCCUGUGGGAACCUAUC